CUAAGCUUGAUUGCUAACUACGUUGUAGUGAAGUCAAUAACAACAGACAAUUUGGCUAACGGUUAUCACAAACUUGCAUUGUCAGCCGGCUUUUUCGGAAUCUGUGUUAUUGUCACACUCCGGUUGGCCGGGAACACCAACAUGGUCUGACAAGUAGACGGUUUAAACGUAAAUUUCAUGAACGUUAAAGGGUUUUUGUUUGAGCCUCCAAGAAUGGAUCCUAGGUAAAAGUCAAGCAACUGAAAUUCAAAUCAAAGGUCACUGAGCCAUGGAAAGGUUAGGAAUGAGUUUUGGGGGUGGCCCCAGUAAGAAGGAGCUAACGGACACAAUAGAGUCUCUAAAGAAGCAGCUAGUUCAGUACCAAACACGGUUCAAGGAUGUAGUCAGGGCAUACAAGAGCCUGUUAAAGGAGAAGGAGGCUCUGGAAGCCAGUCUGAAAGUACUGACUGUUUCACAGGAGGUUGACCUCAGCCAACGUGAAGAUGAUGGCUCUGCGAGUGGUGGCUAUAUGACUUCUGACUUCCCUGAUGACCACUGCUCUAUGCACAGCGAGGACAGUUUGGACACGGCAGCGUCCGCGGACACUGCCACCAGCAUCACCAGCGGGAGCACCAAAGGCGACCAGGCUGAGGAGGAGCGAAGUGGUAGCCCAGGGGUGAUGGGGGUGACCGGACUUGGAGGCCCCUCUGUGUCCCUGAGGCCUGAGGAAGCCAGUGGAACAGAGAGUGGUAUCAGCUCCAGCAGUAGUGGAGGGUUUGAGGUUCAGCAGCACCCAACACCUCCACCAACAUCGAUUGAGGUUGACCGGAGGGUUCUUCAGCUGAAGUCUCAGCUGACCACCCUAACCAGUUCUCUGGCCACAGUCACACAGGAAAAGUCCAGGAUGGAGGCUAACUUCCAGGCUGACAAGCGGAAGAUCAAGCAUGAGUUUGAUGAUCUCCAGGGCAGGAUGGAGGAGGCCAAGAGGCAGCAUGAAGCGGAGAUCCAAGCCCUGCAUGAGCAGCUGGCAGAAAGCAAAGCACGGGUCAUAACCCAGCAGCAUGAGAGGGAACAGGAGCAGGGUGAUCAUGCCCUCAUGCUUAGAGAGCUCCAGAAGCUCCUCCAGGAGGAGAGAGGCCAGAGGCAGGAUUCAGAGCUCAGACUGGAGGAUGCCAGAGAGCUCCUGCUGGAGGUCACGCAGGCCGCAGACAGGGGGCACGAUUAUGAGGCACAGCUGAAGGAGGUGACCCAGCAGAGAGAGGAGAUGAGGAGGUGUCUGCAGACUGCGGAGGCAGAAAGGAACAAGCCAGACCCACGGGUGGAGGAGUUGCAGCGGGAGCUGACGGAGCUGAAGAACCAGUUCCAGCAGCAGAUCCAGCAUGAGAUCAGAAAGGUGACACAGGCAGAGGAGCGUCUGCAGGAACAAUCCCAGCUGGAAGAGGGCCGUGUGGCCAGCCUGGAGUUGCGAGUGUCUGAAUUGUCUGAGCUGCUGGGGACCUGCGAGAAGGCCAGGCAGAGGGACCAGCAGAAUACCCAACGGCUGAGAGAGCGCAUCAUGCAGCUCGACACGGAGAACAAGACCCUGGCCAUCGCGGCUUCCACCCGGGGCUCCCCCCUGGACCUCAGCAUGGAGGAGGCCAACCUCGACGUGAACGUGCUGAAGGAGCGCCUGGAGAAGGUGAAGAAGCUCCUCCUGCUUGCCACACAGCAAAACCAUGCAGAUCAGACAAUGGAGAUUGAGAAGAUGGCAGAGAUGGAGGGGCAACUGGACCUUGGUCGGGGGACGGACAGCUCCGGGGAGUCGUCAGACGGGGAGAAGGCCUCAGCGCUCUACUACCAACAGGAGCUGCGGCAGCUGAAGGAGGAGUUUGAACGUUACAAGGUCCGGGCACAGGUCGUGCUGAAGAACAAGAACGCCAAAGACGGCAGCCAGGCUAAAGAGCUGGAAGAGGCUAGGGACCAGCUGGCCGAGCUCAAGGAGAAGUAUAUCAACCUGCGCAUCCACGGCGACGAGUCAGAUGCCAAGCACAGGCGGGAGCUGGAGGAGCACCAGCAGGAAAUCGCAACGCUACGGCAGGCUCAUAAACAGGAGCUGGAAAGGGCCGAAGCCCAGUACAGAGAGAGCCUCCUCAGGCUGGAGGGGGAACUGCAUCGGCAGAGGGACCGCACCAUGGCCCUGCUACAGGAGAAAGACCAGGAGCUGGAGAAGCUGAAGUCUGUUGGCCACGGUCCCGGCGGUUACAGAAACCCCGGCGGCACUGACGAAGGAGCAGCGGUGACUGGAGAGUCCAGGGCGACCUUGGAUGGCAGCGGAAGCAACGGCGACAACUCCAACACUGUUGAUGACUCGGCACAGGAAGAGAGCGACAUCAUAGCCCAGGCCCUGCGGCUGGUGGGGCCCAAUGAGCCCACACUGCUCCUGUACGCCGAGCAGCUGGCGAGGAAGGAGGUGGAGAUCGGCGCGCUGCGGCGGCAGAAGCAUCGCCUGGAGGAGGACCUGCACCAGCUACAGGGGAGGCUGAUAGCCAACGCGGAGCGCUACGAUGAGGAGAUGGUUGUGCUACGAGACCAGCUGGACAAACGACACCGAGACCAGGCCCGGGAGGGAGCCAACCUGGAGUACCUGAAGAACAUAAUCUUCAAGUUUCUCACCCUCCAGGAUGCCAGGGGGCGACAGCAGACCCUCACCGCUAUACUGACCAUCCUGCAUUUCAGCCCCCAGGAGAAGCAAGCAGUGGUCAAACAGCACCAGAACCAGGCCUGGUGGAUGUCAGGGAAAAGGUAGUGAUGUUGGGAUGGAGUCCGGAAACAUUCAAUCUGAAACAUUCCUUAGGCAGUCAACAAAAAUUUCUUGGUUAGUUUACCUGAUUUGAUAAAAGCUAUUUUGAACGUUUCCCCCCCCCUACAGUUCUGCUGUGAUGUCACAUGACAACCAAAGCUGGAGCUUUGACAUUAUGGUCGAUUACAUUUGAAAUAUUUCUCCAUCCUUUUAUUCAAAAAAUUGCUUUGUGUGAUAGCUUUGCAAAUUUAUAAUGAGUGGAUAUAGUUUGGGUUUGUUAAGGAUUUUCUUUUAUUUAACACAACAUUUUGUUUUAAAGUUAGAUUGGUCUGAUUGUUUUAUAGAAUGAGCCUCUCAACAGUUCUUACACAGCGAUAAGGACUUAAUCAGUGAACUUUAGAUAGUGGAGAAAAACAAUAAAUCUUUCUUCAUUACUUUUUCACCUGUUAUACAUCUUGUUCAAGUGAACUACAUGAAGCAAAAUAAAAGAUUGCUAGACCUUCACAUGGGGAACUUUGUAAUGUCAAGUGUACAACAGCCUUUUUAUUUGCUUUAAUUCUAGAGUUCUGAGUUGUAACAUUAAAACGGCAUAUUGACAGAUUAUCUGCAGAGGCAAUGAUGCAACUCAGGAUUGCUAUUGCAGACCUCUUCCACUCCGUCCCUGGAUGACUGAAACAUAAUUCUGUACUAUAUCUACCUGGUAGUUCACAUACAUUCACCUGUUGCUCUAGGUCUGUAUCAGUUCCUGAUUAAAAGGAGAGCAUGAAAAAAAGGUUUUGGCCCUCCAGGACUGGAGAUUAAUUUCUCUAUGCCACUGCUAGACUUCCUGUGAAUAUAUAUUCUGUAUUAUAUGAUGACAACUAAAACUGAAUACUUUGUAGGUAAUGACUGUCUUUUCUAGCAGACAGUUUUGUGUGGAUAAUACAAUAAUAAUUGUAAACAUUUAUAUUUCUGAUUACCUCCAUACUUGAAAAUUAAACUAUUUUUCUCAAUGA